UUUCAGUAUUAACAUAGUUUUUUUCUUAGAUGAAUCCUAUGGAAAAUGAAAAUCAAAUUCAAGGAGGCGCUCCAGGUGUUUUAGGUGUUCUUAAUCCAUCAAGAUUGAAUGGAACGUUGUGGUUCAAACGUGAUUCUGUAAUCACUAGUGAGAUAAGAACAAUAAUUCGAUCUGACUUUCCUGGUGCGUAUCGAAAUUAUUCAACAACACCAAUAAAUGUGAAAGAGCGAUGGUUUAACACAUUUAAGAGGAAAUUCAAUUGGCAUCCCACAAUUGAAUUAGAGGUGAAAACGAUGUUUCACAAAUGUGCUGCAACUAAGCUAAUUGAUAUGAUUAGCCGAGUUAAAGAAAGAGGUAAAAUGCCAUACUGGAUCCUUGAUGAUCAAUACAAAAUUCUGGUUGAGUAUUGGGGAACAGAAAAAGCUAAGGAGAGAAGCAAAAAAGCUUCCAAGAGCCGGAUGUCUGACCGAAAUGGUUUGGGACCUCAUAAGCAUCGAGCGGGUUCACGUUCGUAUGCCAAAGUUGCUGAUCUUUUGAAAGAAAAAACGGGAGAUGCAUCAUACAUUGAUGUUCUUCGAGAGACCCACAAGAAACCUGAUGGAUCAUUUGUUGAUGAGAGGGCAAAGCAGAUUAGUGAGGGAUUUGAGAAGAAUGUAGCUGAUCUUUUUGAAGAUGAAAUCCCACCAGCCGAAGAGCUAACUCAUGAAAAAAAGAAUGAAAUGUAUUUAAAGAUUGUAGAGGCAACAAACGGUCGUGUGUUCGGUCUAGGAGCUCUUCUCAGUGAAUUCUCUGGCAAAGGUGGAGUUUCGGCUAUCUUUGAAAAUCACAUGGAAAACGAGGCGGCUUUCAAACAAAAAUUAGAAGAGAUUUAUCAAGAAAAUAUGGAAAUCAAAGAGAGGCUCAACAAGCUUGAAGGACUCCAGAAAAUGCUCGAGUUAUUGUCCCCUCGUCUAUCCUCUACUGGUGUAAACAACUAAGUGUUCACUUAGUUGUUUUAGCUUUGCUUUUUAAGUUUUUAUUAUGAAUUUCGUUUUUAUUUAUUGCUGGUUGUUUUCUACUAUUUUUUAUGCAUUGCUGGAAUAUUUCAAUAUUUGAUUAUUUAAUAAAAUAAGUUUUUCUUUUA